UCAAACCUUUCAUCUAUCCGUACCCUGCUCCAUCGUCACUCAGCAUAUCAGUCAUUCUUCUUUUCCAACUCUCCACUUUUUUACAUCUCGUACUUACAUGUCGCAUAUCUUCGUUUUCUUUCCCGCAUAGUCUACAUUUUCUCCAUUCCUCCAAUACAUAUUCCCUUUUGUCUCAUUUCCACACCUCAUUCUCGCUAUUAGGCUUGUCUUUUCCUUCCCUUUUUUGACUCCAUCUUUGAUAUAUCUAGGCAGCCAUCCUAUUUUGACAUCUUUAUAAUCCUUACACGCUUUUGAGUUUUCAAUUUUUUCCGCUUUCUCUCCUGCAUAUCUACUUCUCUGUCUCUUGACACCAUGCAAUCAAUACCUUCAUCUCCUAUCCUUAUCAGUUCUUCCUCGCUCAGGCCGCAUCUCUGUAUGUACUCUCUUUACUUUCUGUUGACCAAUCUUGUAUAUCUUCUCUGCUUUCUUCCUCCUUUUUUUCUUUCCAGCAUUCUCUUAGAAUUACAUUUCCGUUAUCAGUUCUCAUUUUCUCUUCAUAUUUUUCCGCUCUGCAUCCCGCUACAAUUCUUCGCUCUUUUCAUUUCUUCUUUCAUCACAUACUCCGGGGUAGAUCUUUGUAAACCUAGAAUCCACCUUAUGUAUCUCUCUUGCACUACCUCUACCUUCUUCCUUUCUCUGUAUCCCCAUAUCUCUACUCCAUACAACAUUAUUGGUUUUAUAAUUCUAUCGAACAAUUUCAUUCUUUAUAUUAUAUCCAGGUUAAACUUUUCUUUCUCUAUAACUCCAUAUCCAUGCCAUUGCAAUUUUUCCUUUCCUUAAGAUAUCAUAUAAUAUUUUUAAUUAUUUGAUAUAAUGAACUGUUUGUUGCUGAGCAUUGCAAAUAAAAUCAAUGUCUCCGAAUCAUUAUAUUAAGUCGCUGAACAAGGUCGUGAGCGCGUUAUAGUAUAUAUCAAAGAUAGCAGGAUGUACCAAGAAUCGUAAUCGAUACUCUGCAGUAUUAAUUUUCAAACAUCAUAUUUUUAUCAUCAUAUUUUAACGAGGUAUAUUAAGAUCAGUUUCUCAAUCCCUAGACUUGAAUGGCGAACGAACGAACAGUGAUCAGAGGGAAGCUUAUCGUCUAGAAGCGAAGGCGCAUGGAUUUUAAUUUUCUAACUUUGACAAGUCGAGAAUCUUGCCUAUAAUUGAAACGAUAAUAGCCUGGUUGUCGCGUCGUAUUUUUCAACGGGUGGCUCUGUAAGAAUUGAGGAGAAGGAUUUACCAGAGAGGGACGACUUUUCGUUCUCUCGCUUGUUGUGAGAUUUAUGAGCGGAUUGUCACAUGCUCCGUGAAGGCGAUAACGGGGUACUGUCGUAAGCGGCACGAGAGCAAGUCGACAGAUAAGAAUUGCCAGUAGCGGUAGAUCAGAUCCUGCCAUCGCGGUUGUAGCGGCGAUUUCUCUGCGCGGCUCGUGUUUCCGUGGGAUCGGCAGUAGUGGUGAUGGUUUAUCGAUAGUGCCGUGAUAGAGGCGACAGCGGCAGUAGCGACGGCAGUGAUCGUUAUCGAGGAGUUUUAUAAAUCAGGGGUUACCGCUUUCCGAUUUCGUUUCGUGAAGGUUCCGUGAAACUUCCGAUCUUCCCCGCGGAAGAUUGCAAACUGGUGGUCAAUCGCGAAUACGUGGGGAUGUUAUGUGAUCAAGUUACUUGGUCGAAGGAUGUACGUCAAAGGCAGCACGAGGACAAUCUGUGCGGAUGGUUGAGUUUCGACGAGGUGGCGAGUUACGAGGAAGAUGCGCGGUUGAAGACCGAGGAGCCAGAGGAGGAGGACGAGAAGGAGCGUGACGAACGGGGUUCAGGGAUGUCUACGGUAUCGAUUAAUAAACUACAAGUUCUAUGGGACCACUUUAUCCACGCCGAACCCCAGAGUUACGAGAAAUCGUCGUGGCUUGAUAUAUUUCUGGCGGAAUUGCUCGCGCAAAUUAAAGAAGGCAAAGACGUAAAAGAUGUUCUGUCUUGUUGUUCGGUUGGCGUUGGCGGUGUGUCGACCCUCGUGGCCUGUGAAUUGCUCUCGGAUGUGCAUGAAUUGUGCGGAAACGACGGCGGCGAGCUGAUCGGUCUGCGGAAGUAUCUGGUCCAGGAUCGCGGCUGGCGUUACCUGGCGGUGCUGCAUCUACUAGGUGUACGUGGUCUGUCCUGCGGUCGCGAACUGGUCACGCUGCUGGUCGCUCUCUAUCAAGUUGCGUUUCAAGAAGGGACCGACUCGAAGGCCAACUUGACCGCCGCGACGCAAAAGUCUAACGGCGAAUCCGCCGUCGUCGAGUCAUCGAUACGCAACCAGUAUAUGAGAUUUCACUGUAACGACGAUACCGUCGAUACGGUGAAUAUCGUGCUGCACGCAAAACGCAAAAGCGCUAAAAGUUCUGGCCGCAGGCGUUUCUCUCAUGAGGGCGAUAUACCUUCGCGCAGGAGAUUCGCUCGCCGGCACGCCGUCGGUGCUGCGAAGACUCAACAAUCCGCCAGUCACAAACCGAAGAAACCGUCGUCGAUUCUGGAAGCGCGACGCAAUACACCGGAGGGUGAGACGAGCAGCGAGUUCGAGCCAUUGACGGAUGGCAUCGAUCCAGCACGUUCUCUUACGCUGAAGAUUCGCCUGAAUCCGAUGGACUUCGAAUAUUUCACGUCGAUCGUUAGGAGCGACGAAGAGCAGAAGUGGCGGGCUGAAUUGUACGAGCUGCCGCCUCGUCCCGUAAGGAAAACGCCGCGCGACUAUAUCGACGAAAGGAUCCGCGAUGUGUUGGACGCCGAUAUCAGUAACUUCGAGAUUAGUUUGCUGAUUAUACAACUGCUGCAAGGCUUGCGCGACUACGACACACCCGCUGAGCAAACGCCAGCCGUGCAGGUUUUAAAAUUCGCUCUGGACACGCUCUGGUCGCUGCAGUUCGGCAUAGACGACAGCAGUUUGAACGGGACGGAAAGCGCGACACUGAAGGCAGCGGCCGCCAGGCUGAUGUUGACGGCUCUGGAACGUGCCUUGAGGGCCGACGAACCUACCACGGCGGUGAUUCACAAUGGCCUGCUGCCGAUGACUCUGAGAUUGCUGGAGAAUGCCUGCAGCAAGCCGGUGAACGUGCUGGAGCCGGAGGAAGGUUCGCUACUGCAGGAAUUCAUCUUCGCUACCAUCUACGGGAUCGUCACAUUUCUUUAUUGUUUGUUGCACCAGCGUAGCAGCAACGUCGACAAGCUCUCGGAUUUCCUCGAAUUAUUUCGACUCUUUGUUGAGAGUCAAGACGGCAGGCUCGUCGAAAGAACGAUAUUCGCGAUUGUCGGUCUGCCCAGUGUCGAUCCAGCGAAGUCGAUAGCACGGGCCAAAAAGAUAAUCGACAUAAUAGGCGCGCUGACUAGCGGAUUGAAGCGCGUUCGUCGUGAUCUGUCGCAUGCCACGCAGUGCCACAGAACGAAACACAAAUCCUGCAUCGAUCACGUUCAGAGUCAUCAUCACUCGGACGUGCUCGGAGCACCGUACGCCCAACCAAUCGUUGGUGUGGCCGAUAAACAAGUGUGCUGCAUUUCCUCAUUAUUCGCGACACUCACGAGUUUACUGAAAGAAUCUCAUCUAUUCGCGAGCGAGUUACAGGUGAGACUGAUCGGGAUAAUUACCGCCGCGGGUACGUGCUGUUGCUUCCCGCCGAGGACCCUCGUCUCGAGCGUUAUCGCCUGUCUCAAAAAACGCGACCCCUCGACGUAUGCGCCAGCCGUGGCGUUCCUGGAGCGUACUCUUUUCAGAGAAUUGGGCGCUUGCUCGACGACGGAUACAUGCAACACCUGUGAUAAACCGACAAAUUACUCAUGGGACUUUUUGGAGUUAUACAUUGACUUGCUGUGCCCCGACGAUCCGAAACUCUGUUACGUAGUCAUGGCGCAUCUGCUGAAGGUCACACCUGGCUCUCGGUUUCACGUCAGAGAGCAGCUUCUCUUUAAAGUUUUCUAUCCGACUUUCCUGCGUGCCAAAGCGCGUUACGUGACUGACAAGGGAAACGCAACGGCGAGGUUCCUUUUGCAAUCCUGCAUGUCCGUUAUAUCGUGUUUAAUCGUGAACCUGAGGAUGUGCGAGAAAUUCAUGGAGAUAAACGGACUGCACGAGAUACUGUCUCUAAUAGCGGACGCGGCGUUCACUAGGAGCGUUUACGCUCUUCUGGAAGUCACCGCGACCGUAGAGAUCUGGCGGAUUUGUAAGGAGCUCAACAAUACGGAAAGUAUUGAGGCACCGGCGACGAAGUUCCUCUUUGAAACCCUCGACAGAGAGACAAACGGAUUGUUCGUCGGGUUACAGCGUCUCGAGGAACUGAGAGUGGGUGAGAAAGCGGACCAGCAAGGCGAGAAGGAUGUACGUAAUACGCAUUCUGACAAUCAAGAAGCUGAAUUAUCUGCUCUGAAAGAUUUGAGAACGGAGACCGCUGAGGCGGUUGAAGAUCUCGACGAUACUCUAGCGCAACUGCCUGAAAAUGAUAUUCACCGCGAACAAUUAGAGAAUAAGACUGAUGCGACAGAUACCGCAACGAUCUCGAAUUCGCUUGAGAAAUUUCACCCUCUUAUCAAGGAGGCUACCGAAGUGUGCGACGACGAGGACGCGUCGUACGACAAAUUUAGCCUGCAUCAGGCUAGCGCGGCUUGGAGGGCUGCCGCAGGAGUAGCGCUGUGCAGCCCGAAAUUCCGCGCUGAACUAUCAGCGCAUUCAGUAUCCGGGAAAUCGUUGCAUUUGUUCAAGUUGUUAACUGUGGGCAUUGCCACGGAUAGUAUUGAAGAUAAAUCGGCGCAUAAGCUCUUCGAGGCCCUGAUUACGUGUUGUCUGAUAUCUCCGUUGGAUGAUUGUGACAUUGUCAUGGAGUUAGGAAAGACACUGAUGAAUACCGGGAUAACGCUUGGCCGUGGAAUAGCUGUGAUAGUGGACGCGGUCUUGAAGGUCUCUAUGCUGAAGCCAGCGCAAGAAAACAGCAUACAGCAACAACCGCGUCCCAGACUACCAACCGUGUCGUUGGAAACUCUACCGGAUUACGGUGCGGAAGAUAGCAGUACCGGCGAAUAUGUAACCGCUGACGAUGGAUAUGAAGCGGAUAUCGAAGUGCCUGGAAAAAAUACCAGCAACAGCGUCUCCAAGAAAAGCAGCAGCCCACUUGGACCUGUGAUAGAACCGAGAGGUCACGCCAAUGCGCAUCCUGCUCUAUGUUCCUUGGCGAUAGAUCUUUUAAUUCAUUUCAGUGAACAAGGUUUAGAUUUAGAGAGAGGAUCAAUAAUAACUGGUGGAUUGCGAAGGGUCACUCUUACUUGUCGAGAAAGUGCCUCAAGUUGUGCUGCUCUCGCGGCCUCAGGAACUAUUAUGAAGAUAUUGAAUGGUUUUAAAAACAUAUUUACGGAUAACGAUCCGCGAUAUCGAGACUUGCAGCAUGCGGCACUGGAAGUUUUCACAUUAUUGGCGACGCAAUCAAUCUCACCGACGGAGUUAGUCGCGUAUCUAUCGUUUUUCAAAGUGAAGAAACCGCUGUUGUUGCUCUUGCUGGAGCCAUUAUAUCACUUGGUAUUGGCCGCACGACCUCAGCCAAAUUUCAUUCUGUCGUUUCCCGCGCAAUACGACACGAAAACGUCGCUGAAGAUCCAGACAGAGGAACACAAGAAUCUAGAGAAAGCCGAGAACCUCGUGAACAAUUUUAGAAAGAAGCAUCUUGCUGCGGGAAUUUGCAGUCCAUGGUCCGUACAUGCAACGUGCCUGCCCGUCGGGCCGGAACUUGCUUGGUCGGUGUGGUUGCACGGUUGCUCCGCUUCCAUGUGGUUAAGGGUAGAAAGGGGGCUAUCGGUCGGCGGGCGUGCGACUGCUCACAGCACUUCCCCGUUGCUUGAUUCGGACAGCGAGAGUUUAUCAGACUGGGGUAUUCUUUCUGAUGACUGGAGUCGGGAUGUCGUAGAAGGUUCUGUGUCGCCACCCAUGCCAACAUCGAUAAUACAUUUGAUGUCCAUCGGGUUCGAGUCGCUGGUUUUGGAAACUUGGCUCGAUCUCAGAUCAGAUAAAUUAAUCUUACGACUUACUCGACCGGAUGAUAAGACAAACCGAACGAUCUCCGAAACUUCGGUAAACGGCAUGCUUCCUUCGGGAUGCUGGCACCACUUGACUUUAAAUAUUAAAGACACUGUCUUGAAUAAGCGCAGUGCUGUGGUUGAAGUUACGCUCUGGGUGGACGGUUGGAAAGAAGUUAAUGCUCAAUUACCGUUUGACGGUUUACUGGUGAGAAAGCCUGGUACUACGUGUAUUUUGUUAGGUCAAAUUGGGUCGAGCAGUAUUGGCGCAUGGUACCUUGGGAAUUUAAUGAUUUUUAGAUGUCCAGUGUUUACGAAAGAGCGUGCAUUGCAUCUGGCAGGUCUCGGACCAAACUACACCAACUUGGCAGAUUGUAUUUUAAAUACGAUGAAACCUGAUUUUGCGCCUCUUAUUGCAUCCGGCGCAUUGAAUGGCGUUCGUGAAGUGAGAUACGAAGGAGGUAAAUUUGAUUUAAGCCGGCGAAAAUCUUAUGGUGGUACCUAUCUGAGGCACGCCGUCGAGACAGUAGUAUCAGAAUCGAAAAUCGAUUGGGAUAUUGUUAUGGACGCGACGAACUCGCAUCUUAAUGAGCUGCAAGAUAAUUUGCUUCUCAAUUAUGAGGCUCAAAAUCCUAACGUCGUACAUUUGUAUCCUCAAGCUAUCGCUAAUCCUGCUGUUGUUGUGAGAAGUAUCUUUCCGGGCCAACCAGGUUUUAGAGUCGUUUCGGUCCCAGAGCACAGAGUAUCGCAGCAACCGCCUCUAUCGAUACCUCCGAUUGUAUCUAUUCGUUUAGAGAGCCAGCAAUACCGAGGUCUUGUACCUGCGUCGAUUUUAGUGGGCGGUGUACCGGUAUUUUUAUAUCUUUUUGCGAGAGUGGUCGAAUUAAACUCCACCGAAGAAGAACAAGCUCUGGCUCUGUCUAUAGUCCUGCAUCUUGUCCGUAGUGAUUCAGAACUCCUGAACCAAUACCGAUCAGACGGCGGAACGUCACUGAUUCUGCGUGUUCUAGAAUCGUCUAGAUGUCAUGCAGGUAGACACAUCCUAAAGGCGAUACUGGAUGCGGCAUGCGAUAGCUCGAUCAUUAUCAAAGAUAUCGGCAGCGGUAACCAUUCAAUCUCACAGAAUUGCGAAGCCGUUAUCACAGACCCGGGGCUGAUCAAAGGCGCUCUUACCGCAUGGAGAGCGUGGGUUAAAUACGAUACGUUAAAUUUACUGUUGCAAGCGUUACUACUUUUAUUGCGAGAUCAACAUUCACAUCGUGAAUUUAACGCAUCGCAGUUAAACAGGAUCGGUAUCGUGGAUACGAUUCUUACCUUGUGUAAGGAACACUUUAUGUACGAAAUGCACGAAGAAGAGAAUACCACAUUGGACUCGAAUACCGGAAUUGCUAUUGUAGAAUUGAUGCGCGCUUUAAUGGGUGCACCGCCUGAAUUUGCUCACUUGGUCGCCAUCACUGAUUACCUGGUCCUCGUUCAUCAAGCCUCAGAGACUUAUGUCACUCAUUCGCGACAUAAUAUCUAUUUUAUGUUGCCGCAACUCAAGGAAAAGAAUUCGAAAAGGAACGAUACUGUUGUCAUUUCUGAUGACUCGAUAGGCAUGGUGGAGAAUAGCAAACUAAACAAGGCAUUGACAAAUGAACAGAUUCAAAAAACGCGAAGUCCUAAAAAGAAGGACCGUAAAAAUGUGCUGUCAUCGGAUAAUACUAGUGCCGGAGAAGAUUCCGGGAUUGCAGGUAGUGAUGGAUCCAAUCCUCAAAGCAAUGAAAGGCAAUCAACAUACGCGGAUGAAAGAAGAGCCUGUCAGGGUUUAGUCUGCGAAGGGCUGUUACUGUUACUGAGAGAUGCUGUAAGAGUGUUACCAGACUGUCAAGUUGGAUUAGUACUGAAGCACGUUUUAAGAGCUGAACUGCUAUUAGUUCUAGCCAAUGAUCCCGAUAAUCGCGUACGCACAGCAUUGAUCAAGGUGAUACAAACCUAUCUACAACGCGCUAGCGACGAAGAAGUUAAUAAAUUUAUAAAACAAAAGUAUUUCAUGCAUUUAGGAAAUCAGAUAGCUUUGUAUCCCGGAAGCGAAUCGUUGAUUGUCGCUUUAGAAAACUUAGCUCUACGAGGUCCGACAUUGGCGGCGAUGCCGCCGUUAAUGGCAAUGAUCGCAAAGGCCGCGGCCUCUGAUUCGAGCGUAGCCAGGCCAAUUAUAUCGUUUAUCACUGACCUAAUAGCAAAGAAUACGAGUGCACUGAAAGUACUUCUAGAGCAAGGCUUGAUCGAGUCAUUGGCACAAGCUUUAUGCGCAAUCGCGCAUAAAGGUACCUCGACGUCCCUUCACCGAGACAUUCAUGUACUGUUUGUAGCAAUCGCAACCAAACUUCUAGAAUUACCGGGAAAUCAUCAGAUGCAAGCGGUAUUAGAUCUACACAUGAUACUCGAUUACAUGGAACUGUCGGAGAAGUUACGGUGCCGCGCGAGUUUGACUUGCACAGCCAUAAGAGACGCCCAAGUUGCGUUAUUCGACGGAGAGUUGGACGUGCUCACGACUAAAAUGUCGAAUCCUUCGGGAUUCCGUUUACGCAGUACGGCAUCCUACUUGGCUUCGGCAUCUUACUUUACCUCAGUUCUCACGACGUCCAGCGAGCAGAGCGAUCAUGGAUCCCGUUCGUCCAGCUACGCGAACUUUCACACGAAUUCGCCGCCGGUGCUACGCGAACCUAGUAAAGGAGAAUUGAACGAUCGUUUUCGUAUUAUUGUGACACGCGCCGUUGAAUUUAUCAUGGCCGCUGACACGUCGCCAUCCGUCAACGAAUUGCAACUAACGAGAAGACUGUUUUCCGUUCUUCUGCACGGUCUAUGUAGUCCGCUGGAGAAGAAAAAUCACUGGAGUAACACGUGGUCCGUCAGAACUGCUUUAAGAAAGCAUACAGCUAGAAUUAUGGUGUGGCUGCUGGAACCGCAUCAGAGUAUCAAUACGAGAAUAUACGCCAUUAGAUCUCUGAUGGAAGAACCAAGAGCUCGUGAAAUCUUGUCGUGUAUCCUGGAAGUUCACCCACAGAUGGAGCAAAAGUUUACCGUGUUCUUCUGGGACCUAUUGCAAAAGCGGGACGAGAUGCCAAGUGCCGAUGCUAGAGUGUGUGCAGAGUUGAGAGAAGCCCUGCGCGUAUGGAACCUCGCCAAAGGGAUAGAGCAAGCGAGCCCUGAAGUGUGGAACGACGAAUUAGCUUUGUUACGUCGAGAUUUGCUUCCAGAUCAAGAUAUUUGUAUCGAUAAUUAUCCCGCGAUUUUAAGAAUCAGCAAAAGAUUCGAUGCGUUGGCGAAACAGCUAAUCGAGAGCGCCAUGACUAUAACGCGUUCGGUUGUGGAGGAACAAAACCGCGAGCGUAAAGUAUUGAUGGAGCAGUUGAAACACACGCGAGCAUUAGAGGCUCAGGCGGUGGCCAGAUGGAGAGACAUAGCUAAGCGACUAACACACGAACGGGCGCCAUGGCACUUUCCGGAAAGCUAUCCGAGAAAUUGGGAAUUGGAUCCAACCGAAGGCCCUGCGAGAGUCAGAAUAAGACUUCAGAGAUGUCACUUGAAUAUUGACAACAGAUUCUUUUUGCCUGAAUAUCAAGACAGAUUAGAGUCUUCCAAUAUCGAGAUGCCAUUAUCGUACUUAUUUACGAGCACUCGCGAAGAUGCCAAUACUGCGGCUCUGAUCGAACGGUUGCACACGACUGAGAAAAUACGUAAGAUGUCUCAGGCGAAAGUAGUUACACCUAGGGCUGAAUUAGCCGGAGAAGUCCUCAUUGGCGAGACGUGCGUGUAUUUCGUUCCGGACAACCCCGAUAUGCCGUUACAUACGGACAUAGCAUUGGGUGGUUUCGAUUUGGCUGUGGCUGGUGGUACUGCUUGGCGUCUCGAGGAUAUUCGAGAGUUGCACAGAAGAAGGUACCAAUUGCAAGAGAGAGCGAUCGAAAUCUUUCUCAUUACCGGCAGAACAUACCUGUUGGCGUUCAAUUCGUCCAAGGAAAGGGACGAAUUUGCGACGGAACUGUCUGCUUGCAACUUACCCAGGCGAAUCCCCGGCGAUGACUUGGGGGAGGCUCUGGCUUUGUGGAGGAGUGGAGCGCUCACUAAUUGGGAAUACAUAACUUGCUUGAACAAACUGGCAGGCCGUUCGUAUAAUGACUUGAUGCAGUAUCCCGUAUUCCCGUUUGUUUUGGCGGAUUACGUCAGUGAGAAGAUCGACUUGAACAAUCCGAAAAUUUAUCGGAAUUUUAAACGACCGAUGGCUGUGCAAGAUAAAAAGAAUGAGCAACACUAUAUAAAUAAUUAUAAUUAUUUGAAACAAACUUUAACAGAAGGAUUAAAUCUAAUUGCCUUAAAUCAAGGACCAUUCCAUUAUGGCUCUCAUUAUAGUAAUUCUGGAACUGUAUUACACUUUUUGGUACGGCUUCCACCGUUUACUAGCAUGUUCCUUUGUUAUCAAGAUAACAAUUUUGAUAUUCCUGAUCGGACAUUCCAUGCAUUGGCUACCACAUGGAGAUUAACUAGUUGCGAUUCAACAACGGACGUGAAGGAAUUGAUACCAGAAUUUUUCUAUUUGCCUGAAUUUUUAUUAAACUUCGAGGGAUUCAAUUUCGGUGUUCGACAAAAUGGUAACAAAGUUGGAGAUGUCGAAUUACCGAAGUGGUGCGCCGGCGACGCACGUCUAUUUAUAUUGGCACAUAGAGCCGCGCUGGAAUCUGAUAUUGUGAGGGAAGUAUUGCCAUAUUGGAUUGACCUCGUCUUUGGAUUCAGACAGACAGGAAGACCGGCGAUAGAGGCUAUAAAUGUUUUUCAUCCCGCAACUUAUUAUGGAUUCGACGUGGAGCAGAUAACCGAUCCCUUAGAACGUCAAGCCUGGGAAACCAUGGUACGAACUUAUGGUCAAACGCCCGCGCAAUUAUUCAGGGCUCCCCAUCCAUUGAUACAGAAUAUCGGCAAUAUAUCGAUAACUAAUCAGACGCCGCAGGUUAUUGAAGGCAUCAAUGGUAUAAAAUGGGGAAAUUAUGUGGGCGCGCCCGGCAAUGAGCCUGUAUUAUGUUGGAAACUUAAGCACAAAACUCCGCUAGCUUCUCUGGUUCCUUUAGCAACCGGUGACGUUUUUGGUUUGCCUAAUUACACCACGCUUCUCCUUGGCUAUACCAAAGAAAAAGGCAGCAGCAUGUUAAGCGGUAUGUCUGUAUUGGGUGUCGCAUUAGCGUCAUGGAGUGGCACAGAUGGAAUUGCUAGAUUGAAAUGUAAGAAGGAACAACCGCCAAGGCCUCUAAUUAAAUCUUCAGGCCUUGAUCCCAUUACGACAUUGGCAUCUACUCCUGAUUGUGGGCAGCUUUGGAUUGGGCAUUUAUCAGGCCGAAUCACAGUGCAUGCAUAUACCGUAGGGACUACGGGUAAAAUCGAAUUCAGUUCAGCGUCUGCGACGGUACUCCUGGCUCACAGAAGUCGGGUGACAGUGAUAUGUCUGUCACGUACGUUUAGCGUUGCCUGUUCCGGCGAUGGCAGCGGUAUCAUUGCUAUUUGGGACUUGAACAGCUUAACGUAUGUGAGGUCAAUAGACUGUGACCAAGGUUACGCUGUACAUCUCCUGUGUAUUAGCGAGACGCUCGGGGAUGUAGCCGCUACUUAUGACAUUCCUAGAUUAGAGGACAACGCGACCAACAAUCAAUCCGAAUUAACGGUGCACACUGUAAACGCGAGGGCCGUGGGCUCCAUUUUAUCCAGAAGACGUGUAACGGCACUUUGUUACAGCAACGCGCCGGAGGGUGUUUCUGUCAACGUCAUCGCAACUGGUUUAGACAACGGAAUAAUAAGAUUAUGGAGCAGUUGGGAUCUGCAGUUGGUCAGAGAAAUUUCGAAUAACGUGAGAGGUUGCGGCGCGAUAAUCGCUGUGGCGUGGCCUCUGGAUCAGCAUCAUUUGUACGCGGUCACGGAAGACUCCACCGUUCUCAUUUGGGAGGGAUCUAAGCGUCUCAGCAACGGUACUCCGAAAUUCGUCAACUUAACGUCAUACUAAUCUGUAGAAUCAUUAUCCCGUCAUACUCCAAUUUAAAGACGAAGAAUGUGGAACGAACUGGGAAGACAGCUUAUAUAUAAAGAAAGAGAAAUAGAUUGGAAGAAUAAACACGAUAUUAUUUUAUAUAUUACAUUUGUAAUGUUUAUGUUAAUAUGUAGCUUUCUCAUAUCGUUUCUUAGUAUGAUUCAUUGAUGUAAUUAAGUUUUUUUUUCAUUCUGCGUUAUUAUUUAAGAACUAAUGUGUUCGUUUCUGCUAAUCAUAUUCAUCUUUUUUAUCUUUAGUCAUAAUCAUGACACGCAUUGGAGGAAAAAUGAACAAUAUGAAGUAUUAUUUUUAUCGAUUCUUCCGAUAUAAUAACUAUAUCCGUAAUUAUAUAUUCUGCAUUAUAUUUUUAUAUACAUUUUUAUAUUGGAUCAUGUAUUCGUAUAGAUUGUAUAUCUCAUUGUUUAAUGAUAUAAUUUAUACAUAAAAAUUUUUAUAGAGUAACAUACUACAUAAUGCAGCAACAACAUAUGUGUUUAUACAAACUAUCAUUGUUUUCCAAUGUUUGCAUUCUUCUUGCUCAUAUUUCUACGCAUGUAUAUAUGUAUAUGUAUAUCAAAUAAAUCUUUACUGCAUUAAGACACAGUUGCAUUUAUACAAUUUAUAUAAAUUCUGAAG